CUCUGAACUAAAAACACUAGCAGCAAAUUAAAUAUGACAACUUCAAUAACAUCAACCCUUUUCUCCCAAGACUUGUAUCCAAGAAAAUUUCUCCUACAUUCCUCUCUUCACCCAAUAGAAUCCCCUGCAAUUUCCCCAGCUCAACAAAUCAACUCCCCCAUCAAUGACAACGUCCAUUCAAAUGCAGCCGUUAUUCUCUUAGUCCUCAUUUGCACCAUCAUUUCCUCUUUGGGGUUGUUUUGUAUGGUCAAGUGUGCAAUUAGAGGCUCAAGUUCUGUUGCUUCUGAAUCUGGUGUGAACCCUUCAGCCAAGUUAGCUAAUAAAGGAGUUGAGAAGAAAGCCUUAAAUUCCUUCCCUACCAUAAAAUACGCGACCGAGUUGAAACUAACCAGCCUAGACACCGCUUGUGCCAUAUGCUUGUCGGAGUUUGCUGCUGAGGAGCGUCUGCGGAUUUUGCCAAAGUGCAACCAUGGAUUUCAUUCUCAAUGUAUCGACACUUGGCUUAGUUCACAUUCUUCAUGCCCUACAUGCAGGCACUGCCUGAUAGAAAUAGAUCAAAAGACCGAUAAGUGCAGCCCGAUAGGUUCCUUGGAACAGCCUCUGCCGGUGCAAGAAAGCAUCAUCAACGUUAACGUAGAAGAGAACUGAAAUUGUACAUAAAUACAGGGGGGAAACUAAGCCGGUUUUGGUGUAAUGAUUAAUAGAAAUGCCGUCUUAGAAGUUGAAAGUCAUGACUAAUUUCAUAUGUGGCUGCUAUGCAAAGCUUGCAACUACUGGAACAUAGAACUAAUUAUGGAACACAAUUUUCCAUUAACGAAAUUGCAAGCAACAAAGUGUCGGUUGAACUGAAAAUUCUUAAAAGUUAAUGGAACAAAAAUCCUGUGAUUGGAGCAAAAUAUUCAACAGAUCGUAUGAUCAUUCUUGCACAAGGGAAAUGCAAUGUGGGAAUGGCAAAGAGAUGUGAUUAAAUAUGAAAAGCAAUGAGAAAUGAUGCAGCCGUUUGGGGUCAAAAUAAAAU